AGGGUCAGGCCCUGGUUGCUAAUGAAUAGUACUCUCUUGUUGCCUGCAUACCACGAUCAGAGCAAAGCAAGUCACAGGCUCAGAGCACUGUUUCGCUGCUACUUGGAUGAGUUCGUUGCCGGUGUUCAUCGUCCUGCUCGUGGGUGCGGCGACGCUCGAGCUGUCGGACGGGCGGGGACCCGUGCACCCGGCGGCACCGGCGGCAUUCCCGCAAAGUACUCCUCCGGCUCCAGUGAAAGGUUCGGAAGCUGUUGUCCGGCCUUUGCCCGCUCUCCCCACUUUACCGCCUCUGCCCGCUCUGCCGCAGCUACCGCCUCUCCCCGCCUUGCCGCCAUUUCCAAGCUUGCCGCCAUUGCCACCGUUCCCGAGCUUCCCGCCAUUGCCACCGUUCCCGUUCCCUGGCUUCCCGGUGCCGGGCGGAGACACUUCCCCGCCGGCCGAGACAACGCAUUGUAUGAGGCCUCUGCUAAAGGUGUUUCCUUGCGUGGACUAUCUCAUCAACACCAGUGUGACGGCACCUCCGAGAGCUUGCUGUACUGGCUUCAGGUCACUGCUCACAAACAGCAGCGAAAAUAUUUGUAUCUGUCAUGUUCUUACGGGCGACCCUAACGUGACCAAUAUUAUUGGUAUCAUUGAUACAUCUCGUAUGGUGGCUCUGCCUAUCACGUGCGGCACGUUGCCGUCGCUCGGAUUGCUCUUCUCGUGUUUUACCCGACCGUCGUUACCCCCUCUCGCGAUGCCUUCUCCGGAGCCAGCUUUGAUGAACCUACCAAGGGGCAAGGUAGGAACUGAGAUAGAAGCAGCACGCGAUGACAAAGGCGUGUAGAAGAGAGGCACUCGGGUCAAGGCGCUGGAAAUAUGCAGCGACCGCGCAUGCUAAGUUAAUUACUCACCCAUAAUAAAUGUCACUAAUUUAAUAGAAAAAUUGUAUUAAAGUUGUACUAAAUCCGCGAUAUUUGUUAUGAACCGGAGGAAGUAUUGUACUCCAUUUAGCAGCUGUACUAACUAUGAAAUUGUACAAGAGGUUUGCUUUAUGUAUUC